AUGGAUAUGAGAAAUCCUUUAAAGCUCCCUAACUUGGACGAAUUCUACCGUUUUUUGACAACUUCAAUGGGAUUUACCACAAAUCUUCGUCAAAUUUCGGUAUAUUUUAAUGAAAAUGAAUUAUUCAGAAUUUCGAAGGAAAUUAUUGGUCACCAUCGAUCAAUUAAAAUCAAACCCGAUAUAAAGAGAGAAUCUCCAGAAAAAUUAUUUAAGCUUGAAUCAGUCAAUAUUAAUACAGUUAAAUUUGAAGUUACUAUCACUAGGAUAGUAUCGUCCAGGAAUCAUGAAAAAAAAAAUGAGGCCGUGAGUUUUCAAAUUGCUAGUGGAAAUUUGAAAGUUCAGAUUCAACGUAAAUUUUCUUCUGAAAUGGAGAAGGUUAACAAAGAAAAAGCCUCCAAAUCUUCCGAUGUGCCAUCCGAUAUUUUCAAGGAUUUAUUGCCAUAUCCCGAGCAAGGAAAUAUUUUCAUUGGAUUUAGAACACAUCAAACAACUAGUUAUUCUGUAAAUUUGGCAGCUCGCGUCAUACCAACUGUUGAGCGCGAAUCGAUUGAUUUUGCCGAAAAAACUCUUUCAGUUUAUAAUACAGAAAUGUUGUGCUCUAUGGGAGAAUUGUGCCGUGUGUUAUACGAAUAUGAAAUGAAUCAAAUCUCACAACUAUACCAACAUAAAUCAGAUGACAAUCAACUAAUGCUUGAAGAACGUUCAGUGCGCAUUCUCAAUCAUUUUACCUUUAAGCAAAGUACUCCUGAUGAUAAAGUAGGAAGCAUAAUUGAAGAACAAUUUUAUAGAUGCUGUUCUUCACAAUUGUCAAUAUUAUCUACUCAUGGCGUCAAAUCCAUUAAUUUGAUAAGGUUACCCGAUCCAGAGAUGACUGCAUUUAUCAAAACUACACCAGUUGUUCCGAAAAUCAUGAUGAAUCAAUGUGAAUCAUUUUUUUCAAGGGCAAAUAGUAUUUUAAAGAUCAUUGAACAAAUUUUAAUAAGUGAUAUAUUUGAAGAAUUGAAAAAACGAAUUCUGGAUGUAGAUGAAAUGGUAGCCUUGAUGAAAUGGUGGACAACGCAAACUUUCUCUAUAAAAGAACAUGACCACUUCAUGCAACUAGCUUCUGCUAAUAUUGAAAAUAAGGUCAUUCGUUUAAAAAAUGUUCGUCAUUUCCAGAACCCUGGUAUUAUUAGUCCAGGUUUAGAUGUUCCAUCCAAUGUACUGCCAUAUGCUAUUAGCUAA